UUUGCGCAGGCGCAGCGCAGCCGCGGGUGGGCGGAACUGGUCGGGAUGAGUGGCGGAGGGACAGAGACCCCUGUGGGUUGUGAGACCGCCCAGGGCGGCGGCAGCAAGAAGAGGGACUCGCUGGGGACCGCGGGCUCAGCGCACCUCAUUAUCAAGGAUCUUGGAGAAAUUCAUUCAAGGCUUUUGGAUCACAGACCAGUUAUUCAAGGUGAAACUCGUUAUUUUGUAAAAGAAUUUGAAGAAAAACGUGGUCUUCGAGAAAUGCGAGUUCUUGAAAAUUUGAAGAAUAUGGUCCAUGAAACAAAUGAACAUACUCUUCCCAAAUGUAGAGAAGCAAUGCAGGACAACUUAAGCCAAGUUCUCCAGAGAUUGCAAGCAGCUAAUGAUUCAGUCUGUAGACUACAACAGAGGGAACUGGAACGAAAAAAGAUUCAUAAUGACCAUUUAAUAGCUAGUGAGAAACAGCAUUUACUCCAAUGGGAGGAUUUCAUGAAGGAACAACCCAACAAAAGGGCUGAAGUGGAUGAAGAGCACAGAAAAGCCAUGGAGAGGCUUAAAGAACAGUACGCUGAGAUGGAGAAGGACCUAGCGAAAUUUUCAGCCUUUUGAGAACUUGAACCACAACAAUGACAAACUAAUGAGAAAACCUUUGCCUCCUCCCUAAAAAAUAUUUCCACCAAACCAUUUAGCCUCUGCUUCAAUCUUAUUAUAUUCAAUGGCACUCAUAUCAGAAGAGAGAAACUUCUGCUGGAGUUCUGAUUAAAUGUUUAAUAGAAGAAGAGUGCUACAUUUUUCCCAUUUUAAGUGCCUAUAUAUGAUUCUUUGAAUGGGGAGGCAUAAUAGAAAAUGGGAUAAAUAUACUUUUUGUUAAUCAGAAUUGAUCUUUUCCAUUGCUUAGCUCAGAGAACUGUAAGUAUAGAUUUUAGAGAGAAAGAUAAUUUAAUUCAUUGUUAUACAGGGUUAAUAUUACUUUAUUACUGUGGUUGUAGGCAGGUAUAAAAGCUGCCUGUCAUAGCCUCCUUGGCUAUUGGAAGAAUGUGUAAAGUGUUAUUGCAUGAGUAAUGUAGACAAAAAAACAGUUGUCCUUGGAGCAGAAAUCACAUUUAAGAGAGGUGAGAGUGAAAACAUUGUCUCUACUAUGGCCAAGAUGGCCAUUGUGGUCUUUGAAUUGCCUCUUGGGGGAGGUUGCAGAUUUUGUAGUGCAGCGUAAUGCCAUGUGCUGCACUGGAUGACAAGACAAUGCGUUAAGUUUUGUGGCCUUCCAGCCCUUAAUAUUUUCAGCUUUUAAAACAUGUUUAGAAAGAAAAGCUUACCAAAAACAUAUCUGGACUUUUCGUUUUUCCAAGAACUAUAAUCUUGCCCAUAGUAUUUACCUCAUUUUCAUGUCUGUUUUGCUGUGGGUAAGCUUUAUAAGAUAAAUAAUGUCUAUACAUGUUUCAACUGUUUAAUUAGUAAAUCUUGCCAGGGCGUCCCUCUGGAGCCAUGUAAGAUUCUGGCUCUGAACGAACCAGAAGUGUUUGCCCACAUGGCAAAUGAUCCAUGUUAAAUGUAAAUCCUGUUUAGUGUUAAUGUCUGUUCUCAUAAGCAGGUAUAUUAUGAUGAAACAUGUACCGAUUCUGUCAUCACUGUGAUCUUUAAAAAUCUGCAUUUAAUAAUCUAAUUGAAGAACUAAGUUGAUUUUUUUUACUUGCCAUAAACCAAGCAAAAAUAAAUGCAAUAAUUUCAAGAGAUUUAUGGUAAGAGAAUUUGAGGUAUGGAUAAAACUUUCAAAUAUUUUUUAUUGCUCUUUAGUAAAGAAAGGCACAGGAAAGAAAAUAUCCAACUCUCUUGUGUUAUCUCAGUGUUACAACUGCAGAAAAUUGACAAUGCUUGCCUGUGUAAAUUUAUGGCUUAUUGUCAAAGCUUCAUUCUUGGCUGCAUGUUGAAAAUGUGAUUAAAGUUAAUAGAGGAGAUGAAAUAAGUAUUUGAGAUUUCUUUCAGUAACAUUGAACUUCUGCCAACUUUCUCUGUCCGCUACUGUAGGCUUGACAGGCUCAUCAAUCAUCCACUGGUACCUGGACUAAAAAGAGCACUUGCUGACACCAAGGCAUGUUGGAAUUUUCUUAAUUCUCUUUUGGUGGAUGGAAAAAAAAAUAUUUCCAAAAAUAUCCCAUGCAUCAAAAGGGAAGGGAACCUUAAAUGAAAAUUCCCUCUGUACCAUAGACACUUUUUGAAAUGCAAUUAAUUGCCAACACACCAUUGAACAGAUGUAACCAAGAAAUCAAGAUUGUGUGUAGGGGGAGGGGAGAAUAAGCUCUUAACUGUGGCUACCCAACUUGUGCAGUGGGGAUUUCUGAUAGUUUUUGUUCAUCUCAUAUGAGUAAUAAAUACUUUACCUUACAAAUUUGUGUA